ACUAUUUUUAGUUACUACAUUUUUUUUAAAAAAAAAAAUUGCACCAAUUUUCAAGAUUCUUAAGUUGGUUGGUCUUGAAAAAUCAAGUCAAGGCACAUAAAAAUAAGAAGAGAAGAUGGUGAAUACUACAACUUCAUUUGGAAUUUUGAGUGUGUCAAUAGUCACUCUUGUUCUAAUGUUGCUAGUUGACUCUAGCCAAAGCCUACGUCCAUAUCAUUUUUCCUACCAUGGCAAAGGAACAAACAAGGACAUUCAAAACCAUGUCCAUCUUAAGGAAGAAAGAAAAGGAGAUCAUGAUGUGUUAGGAAUGGAGAUGUAUCCAACAGGAUCAAGUUUACCAGAUUGUUCUCAUGCUUGUGGACCUUGUUUCCCUUGUAAAAGAGUAAUGGUGAGCUUUGCAUGCUCCAUUGCUGAAUCUUGUCCCAUUGUCUAUAGGUGUAUGUGUAGAGGCAAAUACUACCAUGUCCCUUCCAAUUGAUCCAUUCUGCAACAUCUGAGUCGCCACUCAAAAUUCAGUUUCAUUUAAUUCCAACCUUUAGUUAUAUGUAUGUUUAUUAAUUAUGGAUUACUAGCUAGCUAGCUAGUUAGUAUUUUGCCUUGUUGCAUUUGGAUUAUUGUUCCUCAUUCAAGAUUUUGGUAGUGUCCUUGUAAAUAGGAGGAAUUAUAAGAGUUUUGUAGGUUUAGUUGUAAGUGAAGCUAUUAGAAUGUUCUCUUUGCUUAAUUAAUUACUUCUUCCAA